CUGCCCUGAUCCCCAGUUAAACUGGAACACCGGACGCAGCAGCAGCAGCAGCAGCAACAAACAGACGAAUCCCAGUAUCGGUGUUUCGUUCUGUGUUCGAGUCCGCGGAGCUCGACUCGUCAAACAGGUGAGACGCUGCAGCCCGAGGAGAGGAGCGUGCUCACGUGGUGUCUGACCGCUGAGGUCCUAAGAAGCAGCCUGGGGCAACGGAGGCGAUGCAGAUGGAGGUCGACGAGAGGGAAGAGGAAGGACCGUCGUCCAGCAGUGAAGACCUCCAGUUGGCCCAGCAGGAAUCCUUUCAGCUGGAGGGGUCCCUCCCAGUAGAGGAGGUGUAUGUGGAUAAGAAAGCAGUGGACAAACUCACUGAGGGAUUUCUCUCUCACUACCUCCCUGAUCUGCAGAACUCUAAACGAGCACUUCAAGAGCUCACACAAAACCAGGUGGUAUUGUUAGACACGCUGGACCAAGAAGUCACCAAGUUCAGAGAAUGUAAUGCCUUAAUCGACCUCAAUUCACUGUUUACAGAGGCAAAGGUUUACCACAAUAAACUGGUGAACGUAAGGAAAGAGAUGAUCCUGCUCCACGAAAAGACGACAAAACUAAAGAAAAGAGCCUUGAAGCUGCAGCAGCAGAAGCAGAGGGAGGCGCUGGAGAAGGAGCAGCAGCGGGAGAAGGAGCUGGAGAGAGAACGGCAGCUUAUUGCCAAACCUGCCAAAAGAACAUAGGACCACCCCCCCCCCAAAGCACUGUUUGUCUGC